AUGACGGUUACAAAACAGAGGUUGGUGGAUAGGCUGAGAUCACAUGGAGGAAAAUAUAUUGCUCUCCAUCUGAGAUAUGAGAAAGAUAUGCUGUCUUUUACUGGUUGUGAGUAUGGUCUGACAGAUGCAGAAUCUGAAGAGCUCAGAGUUUUGAGGGAGAACACAAAUUAUUGGAAAGUAAAGAAGAUAAAUUCCACAGAACAGAGAAUUGGAGGAUUUUGUCCACUGACUCCAAAGGAGGUGGGCAUUUUUCUUCAUGCUCUUGGGUAUCCCCCUUCUGCACCAAUAUACAUAGCAGCAGGAGAGAUCUAUGGUGGUAACACUCAUCUUUCAGAGCUCUCAUCCCGCUUUCCUAAUCUAAUCUUUAAGGAAUCUCUUGCAACUCCUGAAGAGCUGAAAGAUUUCGCAGAUCAUGCGUCCCAGACUGCUGCACUUGAUUACAUAAUAUGUGUAGAGAGUGAUGUAUUUGUUCCGUCAUAUUCAGGAAAUAUGGCAAGAGCAGUUGAGGGACACCGAAGAUUCUUAGGUCACCGCAGGACAAUCAACCCAGACAGAAAAGGUCUGGUUGGAAUUUUUGAUAUGCUGGAAACUGGAGACCUACUAGAAGGAAGGGAACUGUCACAUAUGGUACAGCGGAUGCACAAGAACAGGCAAGGAGCUCCAAGGAAAAGGCAUGGUUCUCUACCAGGAGUCAAAGGCCGAGCACGAUUUAGGACUGAAGAAUCCUUUUAUGAAAAUCCAUAUCCUGAGUGUAUAUGUGGUUCUAGAAGCAAACUAGAAAUAACAUGA